GCUCCAGCACCCCACCUUGACAAUUGUGUCACCCUACCCUCAACCAUUCACUGCCCUGUAGUAUCGUAUUGUCGUCUCUCUAUAACCACCGCAGUGUCGCAACUGAACUCGUCCGCCGAACGUUAGAUGGGAUUCGACAAUGGAGGGGCAUUCUUCGUUGGGAAAGAAGACGAUCAAUAGCUGGGACGAACUCAUUGAGGCAUUGACGAAACCAGCACGCUACCCCAGAUUCCCGGAACUCACAUCAGAAGGAGAAUGGAAACCUUGGAAGGCUGAAUCGGACAUUCAGCAUCGCAACUGUUCAUCCGUCAAGCAACCGCCAGAGCCACCAUCGCCCUCUCAAUAUUUGGUCACAAGUGCACGCAAAUAUUGCCGUCCACUACGGUAUGAUGUACUCCUAGAAGGUUGCAUACGGCUCCUGGACCUUCAAGAUGCCAAGAUAGAUGGCAAUAUCAUCGUUGGACUCAAGCUUGACACUGUUCCAUUAUCUACAGCACCCAGUUUCGAGGCCCUUUCAUACUGCUGGGGCAGCAAGGACCUAUGCACCGGUAUAUUCAUAUCUACCGCGGAUCAUGGUGAGCAGAUCUACCGGGUCACGGAAGACCUGGCGACCUGCCUUUACAGUCUACUCAUCGCUGAGCGACCAGAACAGAGACCACCGGCCUACCUUUGGGUGGAUCAGAUCUGUAUCAACCAAGACGACGUACACGAACGCAGCGUUCAAGUCAGACGUAUGGCAGACAUAUACAAGACUGCUUCGGAAGUGAUUGUAUGGCUUGGACAGAGACCAGACUGCAUUCUGGAUGAGACCGAGCUCAGCAUACCAAAUUCCCUUGUGCAGUGGCAUGGCACAAGCGUACUGAAUUGGGUACUGGCCUGGGCAGUCUUUGCUCGACCUUGGUUUCGCCGAUUGUGGGUCUUCCAAGAGGCCGUGUUUGCACAACGCAUCUCAGUUUUUGAGGGAACCAGGUUCAUGACAUGGCAGACCCUAAGUGAUUUGUCAAAGUUACUUGAACAAUUCAAUGAAGAUGACUACAACACCACGUACGAUAUCGGUAUCAACUCAGACAAUUCGAUCAUAUCCCCGAUCGAAUCCACUAGAAAAAGGGCAUUGAGUGGUGGAUACAUCGACAUCGCACAGCUUAUGUGGAAAUUGAAUGAUCAGGGCUGUCAAGAUCCCAGGGAUACAGUCUUCAGUCUGAUUGGCUUUUCAGGCACGAUCUUUCCGGCCAACUUUGUAGACUACGAACAGUCGACCGCCACUGUCUUUGAAAAGUGCACCAGGAACCUGAUCGAGGACACUGGGGACCUAGAAGCCAUAAUUUAUCUGAACCCAGAUGUACCACAACGAAGCCCGAGCUGGGUUCCGCUGUGGCACGAGCGUCUUAGGCUAGGGCUAUCUGCCCACCUAAUCAAACGUCCUUCCGCAUCGAAGAGCCGCGUCUGGGAACCAACAGCACCUGUGGUUGAGGGUCAGCUUAAUGUUACAGGAAAACUGCUAGAUAUCGUUGCUGGCGAGGUCUAUUCUUUCCAAGAGAGCAUGAGUCAACACUUUGAAGACAGGAACAAGGCUCUGCUUCUUGGAGAGCCACUGUACGAGGCUUGGCACUAUGCAAAACAUGCUUAUGAAGCACAUGUUGACCAAACAUCAUCAGGAAGAGCAUCUGGUGAAGCAAAACCACACAACGAUCACGCCACCAUUUCUCUUGAAGAAUUAGACUGUGAGCCACCGCCUCGUUUCUUUGAAAACUUCUUCCGCGCGAUAUUCAUUGGCGAAGCUGUGGCAGCACCGGUCAGAAACACCUUGAUCCAGAUUGGCCAAUCUGACAAUGAUCAUCCUAAUGGGUCUGCCAGUAAUUCCAUUGGUGAGAUUUCCAAAAGACUCUUAGAACUUGGUUUGCAUGCCGACAGUAGACUCUUUGUGCUUAAGAGCGGUCGACUAGCUUUCGCACCGAUUCUUGGACGGGAUCCCAAAAUCGGAGAUCACCUCGCCAUUCUGCAUGGUCUUGACGUACCAUGUAUACUGCGGAAAGCAGAAGAAGGUGAAGGUUGGCUGUACAUUUCAGCCAUUUAUGUAGAUGACAUUAUGCAAGGAGAAGCGGUUGACUGGGAAGAAGACGAAGCGGACACGUUCACCCUCGUUUGAACCUUCGAGUCCCACAUGUACCUAUAAUCCGAACCAGCCGACAACCCCAUCUAUAUUAUUCAACCUCGUAGGGUGUCAACACUGCCAAGAAGCCAUCACCUCAUCCAACAAUGAAAGUUACGACCAGAACCGCUUCUCACAAAGGAACCGUGACAAGUUCCUCUAUGUAUUUCAAUCUCUUCAAAUCCACCAUUGUACUCGUCAUCCAUCAGUCCUAACACGAAAGCCUCGCCAGCUAUUAGGUACCCG